UUUAUAUUUUCCCCUAAAACCACCGAAUUGAUCUCUCGUGACAGCUAACCUAGUUUAAAUGUCACAUUUGAAAUUUUAUUUUUUUAUACACAAAAUUUUGAAGACAGUCUAUAAGAAUAUAUGUGACUUGUUUUCUGAUACUUACAAAAACACAAAAAUUGUACGCACAAGUAACAAUUUUAUAAUAAUCGAUAAAGCUUACGAUUUAAAAAUUAACAGCAAUAACAAAAAUGAAGAAACAAUACAAACCUUUAUGAAAAAAAAUUUCCCCUACUUGGCCUCGAAUCGGUUGCAUCAUGAAUAUUAUUUUAUGCAUAGGUUGGAUUAUUCCACAAGUGGCUUAAUGUGUAUACCAAUUCAUAAAGAAGCGUGUCAAGUGGCAUCAAAAGCAAUACAACAACGCAAAUGCAAAAAAUAUUACAUAGCCCUAGUAAGGGGUUAUCUAUCUUUAAAUUUACUUGACCUCAAUUUUCCGAUAGGUGUAUUUAAUAAUUUUUAUGGAGAGUUUGUGAUAAGGCAAGUUUCAGGGAGAGACAAUAGUGUGAAAGAAGUAGAAAAAAUGUGUGUAACACAUGGUAAUAGCUCAAGAACUGCAAGAACUUUAAUCGUAGUUCUUGAAAAUGGCCUGUUUGAAAAUUAUCCAAGUAGUAAGAUUUUAAUAAGGCCUAUAACAGGCCGGAGGCACCAAAUUAGGGUGCAUUGCUCCCACAUAGGCCACACAAUUGUAGGCGACUACACUUACAGUAAUAAAAAAGAUACUAAACCGGAAAGGAUGUACCUCCAUUCGUUGAGAUUAGUCAUUCCUAAUAAAAUUGAAGACAUAAAUGAUCAAACUAGCGACCCAUUUAGUGAAAACGAGAUAAAAUCGUGGAAGCCGGUUUUCCGAUUUUAUAAUUUAAGUCGUGCCUUUAAAUUGAUAGACGAAUUUGUUUAAUAAAGAUGUGAACAAUAAUAUUUUUUUUAAAUAAAUUUUGUAUUGGUAAUA